GUCGCUAGUUCGCUCGCUCUACGUUCUCGGUACUCCGUUGACGACGGUCGCGCGCGCAACGUUUUAUGAAUUCAGACGUGGUUAACUCUCUACCUUGAUAAACUUCGCCGGUCGUAUUCGACUCGUGGAACGUGGAACACGCAAGUCCUCCUUGCCAGUUGCGUGGAUUGUGUAGUGACCAGAAAAGUUUUCACCGCUUUAUUAUCGACUAUUUCUAGUCUUACAAGUGUGCAACUAUCAAGACUGGAUUACGAUUGGUGCACUUCUAUUAGUUUAGUGCGGGAAAAAAGUGAAGUGAAAGCUUACAUCGGAGGAUGUCCGACGGCUCCAGUGGAUAGUUGUGCGGGUGACGCGCUCGCCGACAUGAGACGCCGUUGGUCCAACAACGGAGGCUUCCAGACACUGCGAAUGCUCGAGGAGAGCUCGUCUGAAGUGACAUCGUCCUCGGCUCUGGGCUUGCCACCAGCUAUGGUUAUGUCGCCGGAUUCUCUAGGAUCACCCGAAUAUGUGGGGUUGGAGCUAUGGGGGACCUAUGAGGACGGGAUGACAUAUAACGCCACACAAUCGCUGCUGGGCAACACUUGCACCAUGCAGCAACAGCAACCACCCACGCAGCCCUUACCGUCCAUGCCUUUACCAAUGCCACCCACGACACCAAAGUCAGAAAACGAGUCAAUGUCAUCAGGACGAGAGGAAUUGUCACCGGCUUCGAGCAUCAAUGGUUGCAGUACAGAUGGAGAAUCGAGGAGGCAGAAAAAGGGACCUGCGCCCCGUCAACAGGAAGAGCUGUGCCUUGUAUGCGGCGACAGAGCCUCGGGAUAUCAUUACAAUGCACUUACAUGUGAAGGAUGUAAAGGUUUCUUCAGGCGGAGCGUCACCAAAAAUGCUGUGUACAUAUGCAAGUUUGGGCAUGCGUGUGAAAUGGACAUGUAUAUGCGGCGAAAAUGCCAAGAGUGCCGGUUAAAGAAGUGUUUGGCAGUGGGCAUGCGGCCAGAAUGCGUGGUACCAGAAACAACUUGUGCGAUGAAAAGGAAAGAAAAGAAAGAACAGAGAGCAAAAGACAAACUGCCAGUCAGUACAACGACAGUUGAAGAUUACAUGCCACCAAUAAUGCAAUGUGAUCCACCGCCUCCAGAAGCUGCUAGGAUUCUGGAAUGUUUGCAGCACGAAGUGGUCCCGCGGUUCCUCUCCGAGAAGUUGAUGGAGCAAAAUCGGCUAAAGAACAUACCUCCUCUCACCGCCAACCAGCAGUUCCUGAUCGCGAGACUGGUCUGGUACCAAGAUGGAUACGAGCAGCCUUCAGAAGAGGAUUUAAAAAGGGUGACGCAGACUUGGCAAUCAGGUGAAGAGGAAGAAGAGGAAUCAGACCUGCCUUUCAGACAAAUCACAGAGAUGACGAUUCUAACAGUACAACUGAUAGUAGAAUUCGCAAAGGGCCUACCCGGCUUCUCAAAGAUCUCGCAACCGGACCAGAUCACAUUAUUAAAGGCUUGCUCAAGCGAGGUGAUGAUGCUCCGAGUGGCGCGGCGGUAUGACGCGGCAACAGAUAGUGUUUUGUUCGCCAACAACCAGGCGUACACUCGCGACAACUAUCGCAAAGCUGGCAUGGCCUACGUCAUCGAAGACCUAUUACACUUCUGCAGGUGCAUGUACUCCAUGUCUAUGGAUAAUGUGCACUACGCGCUGCUCACUGCCGUCGUUAUAUUCUCAGAUCGACCGGGCUUAGAGCAGCCUCAGCUCGUCGAAGAAAUACAAAGAUACUAUCUCAACACCUUAAGGGUUUACAUCAUGAAUCAGCACAGCGCGUCGCCACGUUGCGCGGUCUUAUACGCUAAAAUAUUAAGCGUACUCACAGAGUUGCGUACAUUGGGAAUGCAGAACUCCAACAUGUGUAUCUCCCUGAAGCUGAAGAAUAGAAAGUUGCCACCGUUUUUGGAGGAGAUAUGGGAUGUGGCGGACGUGUCAUCGACGCAAACGCCCGCCGUUUUGGAUGUGGCGACCAGCCUCUAGCCCCCGCGCCCCCCCAAGAGGAGAGAACGCUCAUAGACUGGCUAGUUUUAGUGAAGUGCUAGACGAUUACGUCGGACGUGAAACGUUAAAGGACUGUGCGAAUAAGCCCCGGCAUUGUAUAGAAGAGUUUAAUCAGACGGCCCUUUGGUAUUGAAGGAUAGGGAUGAUGAUUGAUUUUUAUUUAUCCAUUAGGUAGAUUAUUGAAGAAUAUUAAAUACGUAUUUUUUUGCGUAAUCAAUUAAUUAUGACGAUACCUUGAGUUGAAAUGUCGUCGCAUGACGUCACGCUUUUGUACGUUUUCUACAAAACUGUGAUUUAGCAAGCCCUCACUUCUCAAUUUUAAACUUAAUAUCUAAGCGAUUUCUUGUUUAAAUUGAAGCGAAAAAAUACGUUUCUGAUAUUUUUUCUAUUAUCUGACUGUCGGACUAAAUAGAUUUUUUUUUUACCCAGUCGUCAUCCCUGUUUAUUUUGUAUUAAAGGGUCGUAGGUUCUCCAUACGAUUUAGAAGCCGGGCGUUUAGGGCAUACCCCGUCGCGCGUAUUCGGUGACCGACGGACGAAUGCGAGAUUAGUGAAUAUAUGUGUUGUUGAAAGUUCCGAGAUAUAUUAGUGUUAAUCGUUUACAGGCGGCUGCCGUCGGCCGAAACGACCGUCGUCUCGUUUCGUCCGACGCGACGGUACGCGUUUAUUUCUUACGACUGGAUAACUGAGUUGGUCACUCGGAUACGGCUGUAUGAUAAGACUUAAGUUCUAUAAGUACACCUCCUAAAUUACAAAUACGUACAUAAACUACGAGAGUUAUAGUGAAGAAGAGAAAAUUAAUAUAUGAGAUGUUUCUAUUGGGUGAAAAAGUUGAAUGUUUAUUUACCGAAAUUAACUGUAUGUUGAUUAUUAUUUCCGAUUGAUAUACGCCUUGAAUGUAGGGUCAAUCGCCGCGUCUAGCAUUCGUAUCUAUAGUCGAGAGAAGUACUUUAGAAUAUCUCAUAACUUAAGCGGUUUACAUUUACCAAAUAAACAAGAAUUAGAAGGAAGUAAGAACUAUUAAUAGUUAGAAU